GGGAGCCGCCCCCUCCGGCCAAGGGGCCCGCGGCGGCCGUGGAGUGCCCAAGAGCUGCGGCGGCAUGGCGGGCGGGGCCCGCGAGGUGCUCACGCUGCAGUUGGGACAUUUCGCGGGUUUCGUCGGGGCGCACUGGUGGAACCAGCAGGAUGCUGCGUUGGGACGCACGACCGAGGGCGAAGAGUUGCCAGGCGAGCUGUGCCCGGACGUCUUGUAUCGGAGUGGCCGGACACUGCAUGGCCAAGAAACCUAUACGCCUCGACUCAUCCUCAUGGACCUGAAAGGCAGUCUGAAUACCCUAAAGGAAGAAGGCAGCCUCUACAGGGACCGACAGCUAGAGGCUGCAAUAGCGUGGCAGGGGAAGCUCACCACACACAGAGAAGAGGCCAACUCAAAGAACCCGAACCUCCAGGACCUUCUGAGUGCAGAGGGAGUGCUGAGUAGUGAUGGUGCCUUGAGGGCAAAACUGAUCCAGAAUGGCAAAGGUGAGACAUCCCUUGAUGCUGGACACUGGACAGAGAAGGAACUUGGGGAUGGCGCAACUCAUCGGCUGUUUCUUCCCACUGGUCAUCCUGCUACAAACCCGAAACCACUUCUCCCCACAGAGAACAGCAUCAAAGUCUGGUCAGACUUCCUCCGAGUCCAUCUCCAUCCACGGAGCAUCUGUGUGAUUCAGAAGUACAACCAUGACGGUGAGACCGGCCGGCUGGAGGCUUUUGGCCAAGGGGAGAGUGUCCUGAAGGAACCCAGGUACUUGGAAGAGCUGGAGGACAGGCUGCACUUCUAUGUGGAAGAAUGUGACUACUUGCAGGGCUUCCAGAUCCUGUGUGACCUGCAUGAUGGCUUCUCUGGAGUAGGUGCUAAGACUGCAGAAUUACUACAAGACGAGUAUUCAGGGCGCGGAGUACUAACCUGGGGUCUGCUGCCUGGUCCCUACAGUCUUGGGGAGCCCCAGAAAAAUAUCUAUCGUCUCUUAAACACAGCAUUUGGUCUGGUGCACCUUGCUGGGUACAGCUCUUUCAUCUGUCCCUUGUCCCUUGGAGGGAACCUGGGCCUGCGACCCAAGCCACCUGUCAACUUCCCUUACCUACAUUAUGAUGCCACUCUGCCCUUCCACUGUAGCGCUAUCCUGGCUACAGCCCUGGACACGGUUACCGUUCCCUAUCGCCUCCGCUCCUCCACAGUCAGCAUGGCUCACUUGGCUGAUGUGCUAAGUUUCUCUGGGAAGAAGGUGGUGACAGCAGAAGCCAUCAUCCCCUUCCCACUGGUCCGAGGCCAGUCACUUCCUGACAUUCUCAUGCAACUUGGAGAAGCCACCCCGUGGACCUCCCUGUCUGCAUGCGGUGAUUCUGCCGGACAUCGGUGCUUUGCCCAGUCUGUGGUGCUCAGGGGCAUAGACAGAGCUAGCCACACCAGUAAGCUCAACCCAGGGACACCUUUGCCCUCCACUCUCCAUGCGUGUGCCUCUGGAGAAGAAGUCUUGGCCCAGUACUUAGAGCAGCAGCACCCUAGGGUCUUGAGUUCGUCAUAUCUGCUGCUGACGCCCUGCAAAAUGGCUCCUCCGUACCCACACUUCUUCUCAAGCUUCAGUCAGAAAGGGUUGGCCAUGGACGGGACCCCCAAGGGCGCAGCAGUGCAGAGCAUCCCCGUGUUUGGGGCCUUGCGUUCAACUUCAUCCUUGCAGCGGACGCUGAGAGACUUGGCUGACGAGCUCGCCAGACUUGACCUGCGGCGCUGGGCUAGCUUCAUGGACGCCGGGGUGGAGCAGGAUGACAUGGAAGAGCUGCUGCAGGAGCUACACAGCCUGGCCCAGUGCUACCAGGAGGGCGGCGGCCUUUCCAACUGACGUCCGGGGGAGGGGGUGGGGAGAGAAUUUAUAAUAAAAGCUGCCGGGUGCAGGAACCCAG